CAGUGUCUGGAGGGCCAGGAAAUAUUAACAAUAAUGCAGCCUGGGAAAUGCUGCCCCAGCUUUGCCUGCAGGCCUGGCUGUGUUGUCAAUCAAACUUACUAUGCACCUGGAGCUUCCAUCCCCUCAGGGCCCUGUGAAGAAUGUUCCUGUUCCCAGUCCUUUUACCCAGCCCAUGCUGCUGUCAAGUGCCAGCCUGUGACCUGUGACACGUCCUGCCCAGAGGGCUAUGAGUACACAAACUCCCCUGGGCAGUGCUGUGGGACCUGCAGGGCAGCAGGCUGUGUAAUGACCAUAGGAGGCAACAUCACACGUGUGCUUCAAGUUGGAGAAUUCUGGAAGCAACCUGGUGAUAACUGCACAACUUACACGUGUGAGAAACACGGUGAGCACUUUGCCCAAGUGGUCCUGCAGAGCAGCUGCCCCCCCUUUGAUGAGGAGGAGUGUGAUCCAGAUGACAUCAGGAUAUCUGAUGAUGGCUGCUGUAAAGAGUGCCAAAAAAUAAAGGGUUGUAAGAAGCACAACACUACUAUUGUCAUCAAAUACCAGGGAUGUGUGUCACCUGCCCCUAUUGAGAUGCCAUACUGUGAAGGCAGCUGUGAUGCUUUUUCACGAUAUUCCUCAGAGGCAAACACAAUGGAACAUAAAUGCUCGUGUUGUCAGGAAACCAAGACUAGCCAAAGGAAUGUGACUCUGACCUGCAGUGAUGGGACCAACCUUGAGCAUUCCUACACCUACGUGGAGAGAUGCAGCUGCGUGGGUGCUGAGUGCAUUGGCCAAGUCAGCAGCCAGCAGGAAACAGACCAGAAAAAGACCUCUCAGGAAGAACUGAAUGUCUAA